AUGAAGCUUAAAUUUGUGAUUUUUCUUUUAAUUCUCGUCAACAAUUUUCAUAAAAUAAUCUUGGUUUCGGUACCGGAGUCUGAGGAAGAUAAAGUUUUUAUUGAAUAUUUAAAUAAAUUCAAAAUCAGAAUUGGAAAAACAACAAAUGAAGUUGAUAGAGUCAAGAAUAAUGUCAUUGGAAAGUAUCGAAUGAUCAAAAGACAUAAUGAAAGAUUCAAGAAUGGAUUUGAAACAUUUGAAAUGGAAUUGAACAAAUUUUCCUACUUGAGUUUUGAGGAGCUGACGAAAAAUACUUUGGGAUUCAAGGGGAAUGAAACGUCCCCUUAUGCAUCUUUGGGAAUAAAAGUCAAACCAAUUUCAAAAACUUCUCGAACAAGACGAGAAACACCUUUACCAGAUUACUGGAAUUGGAAUGAUAAAGGAAUCGUUCGACCUGUUCAAGAUCAAGGUAGUUGCAGUAGUUGCUAUGCAUUUGCUGCGAUUGGCGCAAUUGAAGCUGCUGCUUGCAAAACAUUGGGUCAAUGUCAGAAAUUGAGUGAGCAGGAAGCUAUGGAGUGUACAGAUUUAUGCAGCGGUGGAUGGGACGAUGCAGUUUACUCUUAUUCAAUAUCCACAGGUGGCUGCACAUCCUCAACAUAUGCUUAUUAUGGCUACAAACGUCAAGAAUGCAGUACAUCAAAGUUAAGAAAGAGAAUCACAAGCACAAAAGUCAAGGGAUGGUAUCUCCUGCCAAAUGAUGAAGCUACAAUCAGGAACUACUUGUACAAUGUCAAUAUGGAGGUGCCCAUGCUGUCUUGCUCACUGGAUAUGGAACUGAAAAUGGAACUGAUUAUUGGAUUAUGA